CAGGAUGACAGCGGCUUUGCGUGCAGCGCUGUAGAAAGAACGGAGAGGAAAAUGCAAAAUACCUUCGCAAAAUGUCCCCGGCACUUUCCCAAAGUGUAAUCGAACAAAGCUCAACACUUCGUUCUUCUGUGCUUGAGGCAGAGGUUGAACAAUGGAGUAUUGUUAUUCCAGCAGUGAGCAAGACCUCAAAACCUAUUUAGGCUACCAGAACAAGAUGACUCAUAACAUCCUGAAGAGUUUACACCGUGUUGAACUUGGUGGAUACAACUACUGGCCACUCUUCUCCCAAAUUGGAAUUCGCCUUUAUAGCUAUGAAGAAAUUCCGACCUUUUUAAAGGGCAAUCCUUAUAUCACUGAUGGAUAUAGGGCCUACUUACCGUCAAGCUUAUGUAUCAGAAGCCUCUUUGUAUUGUCCAAUGAGAGUGUGAACAUAUGGAGCCAUUUGCUGGGGUUUUUCCUCUUCUUCGUCAUUGUCCUACACGAUACUUGCUUCCUCCUCCCGUCGUCGAACAGCACCAGGGAUGACUACGUGGUUUUCAUUAUUUUUGGCUUUUGUUUUCAGUUCUGCAUGUUAUGCUCAGCAGGAUACCAUUUAUUCUGUUGCCAUCAUUCAGAGAAGACGAGUCAGCAGUGGCUUGCUCUCGAUUAUGCUGGUGUCUCCGUAGGAAUGCUGGGAUGUUAUGUCCCAGGAGUCUUUUAUGCCUUCUAUUGUGCUGAGUAUUGGAGACAAGUGUACCUUAUAACCGUGCUGGCCAUGAUUUUUGUAAUGUUCCUUACACAAAUCCAUCCACAUUAUGCCUCCCAGCAUUGUCACAAGCUGCGCAUUCUGCUGUUCUGCUUUAUCGCUGCAUAUGGAUUAAUCCCCACCAUUCACUGGAUAUUUCAGAAUGGGGGAAUUGGGGAACCGGUGGUUAAGGUGUUUGCACCGAGAGUAGGUGUGAUGUAUCUACUAGCAAGUUUGGCAUUUUUGUUUUAUUACAGUAAAGUACCUGAGAGGUAUUUUCCUGUGAAUGUGUCUCGAUUAUGUGCUGAAGGUUUGAAGAUUGUACCGUGGUACAUCCUGGUACUGUGGCGCCUAUCAGUGGUUGCUCAGACAUUGCAUGAAGCCACCUUUCUAAGCAGCUAGGCGGAUGGCUGCCUGUUUUUCUAACCCUUGGAUUGAGCCAGUAACUGCUCGGUAUCACAGUGUCAAGGUGCAGUCAAGGUGGUGACAACUAAAUGCCUUUAACUGAAAGCAAAUGCAUGUAUUUGUAAAAUACAAACCGUAUUGAAUUGUUUUGAGGUGCAUUAUAUUGCCUGCCUUGUUCAUUGUUCUACAUUUUGUAGAAAUGAAUUAAAAUGUACUGUAACAUGUAUGCUGCAAAUUUAAUAUAACUAGAGGACAGAAAAGCAAUUGUACUGCAUGCAAAGUAGCAAACUAAAUGUUUACAUGGUCUAACCUGUGCUGCUCCUUAAUAGUAAUAGUUUUCCUGACAUUUAAUACGUGAUGAUAAGCUCUAUAAUCACUAAAUUUGGCUUUAUGUUGUGAAGUAACCAAUUCGUAUGGAAGAUAAGUGCACUGACCAUUUUCAAAAGGAGAUUAUUUCAUAAUUGGUCUUGUAAAAUUAAUUCAUUUUGUAGAAAAUAAAAAUGAUGUGGGAGCUAAGUUUUCAGAGGAAGGAGCGGAAAGUUGCUCAACUUUUUGUUAUUUUUCAAAAGGGGAAAUUACAUGUUAACCUUUAGUGAUUGUAUCCCUGCCACGUAACGUUUUAUUCUAAAAUAUUAUCUCGGACCACGUGUGUUGGUAAGUAUUAGAAACUAAUUUCAGGAAAUGCUCAAUCUGCAAGUGGGUUUAUAUUCCCAUUCACAUGAAGAGCAAAUAUGUAAGGAGCUCUAAAAUUGUAUUAUGGUUGCUGUAAUACUUGGGGGCAGAAAUGGCUAUUUGGAUGCAUGCUUUAAUUUCUUGGAAUGUAUGGAUACAAGUUCCAAGGGUUUUAUUGAAAAGGCUGAUGUAAAAUAGGAAUGUGGUUUAUACACUUUGCUAAUUCACGGUGCAUUAGCUUUGCGCUAAGUCUGAAUUUUCUUCAGGAUUCAGUACCAUAGUCAGCAGAGAUCCCAAAGAGUGUCCCAAUUGCACUGAAUUUGUCAGCUAACGUGUUAUAAUUAGAAGAGUGUUUCCUAUAUUCAAAUGUUUUACAGUUUAAAUUAUCCACACGAUGUAAAGUGGCAAAAUUAAAUCUCAUAUACUCCAGGCAAGAUUAACUUUGACUUGAAGAAAAAAUUAUCAAUCUUUGUUCUGAUACAGUAUAAACAUAGCCAUGUUUUAGUAAUACACAAGGAUAUAUUCCCUUAGCUGUCAUAAAAUGUGUGCAAUCUACUAAAUGGAUUUGGUAUAAAAUGCACAAAUAUCCAGAGAUCAUGGAUUACAAGAUAGUUGACGCCAUGAUAGUGAAACUGUAUUAUCUGAGAAAUUCAGUGCAAGGAGCAACAAUUAAUUCACAAGACCAGACCUGCAGUAAAAUUUGAGGUUUAGGUAUCUUCAGUUGUGUUAUACUGGUCACAAAUUCUGCAUGUCCAUUUUGUCACUACAGUCAUGAAGCUGCAAUCAUUUUGUUCUAAAUUGUGUGGAAUGCUAAAUUACAGAAUUUUGCUAUUCGCCUUCCCUUUGAGCUGAUCAGCAGCUGGUAGGUAGGUAGGUAGGUAGGUUCACAGUGCCCAUUCUUACAAAUAGCAUGUCACCUCCACUCACUGUUAUCCCAGUUUCAUAGUACUUGUCUCCAAGAGCUCUGUGUUUACAAAAUAUCCCUCUGAUGUGAAAAAAAUGCUUUUGGUCCAGAUAGUUUAAGAUUGAUGGCAACAUAAAAUCACAUUCUAUUAUUGUUCAUGUGGAUUGGUGUUUUGUUGCAAAGCUCCUCGUGCCAAAUUUGUCCAACUAUUGGAGUUGGUGUAUUAUUGAAAUAUUCUGCUCGUUUCCUCCAACUUUGUUUAGCUGGAGGCAGAGCUGCUUAAAUCAGUAUUUGCUUAUAACAAGGCAAUAUGUCUGUUUUUGCUAUUUAAACCAUUUGUCUUUUGAUAUUUCUUGUUUUGAAAAUGUUUAUAAUAAUGAAUGUUGCAUCUUCAAUAAAGACUUUUGAUUAA